GUAUUCUGAGUAUUUUGAUUUUGUUAAAUUAGCAGAAAACAGAAACGCAUUGGUUGUUUUGAUAGCACUCUCAUGCUUUGUCGGAAGUAAAGAUACGCAAGUGACGCAUUUCCGAAUCUGAAAACUAUUUUCAAAUUACGAUCAGGAUAUUUUCCAAACUAUGAACAUAUACUUUUGUGGAAGUAUUCGUGGUGGGAGACAGGAUGUGAAUAUUUACCAGAGAAUAGUCAAGCAGUUACAGAAUUAUGGCAACGUUUUAACAGAGCACGUCAGCUAUGAUAGUUUGUCUGAUAAAGGUGAGGACGCGGUGCUAAAUGGAGACAAAGCCAUUCAUGAUCGGGAUAUGAAGUGGCUUAUGAUGUCUGAUGUGAUAGUGGCUGAGGUGACUCAACCAUCUUUAGGAGUGGGUUAUGAACUUGGCCACGCUAUGGCCAUGAAAAAGAGGGUUCUCUGCCUCUUUAGACCUUCUUCUGGCAAAGUCUUGUCUGCCAUGAUAAGCGGAGCAUCAUCAGAUUCACUCUUCCAGGUGCAGGACUACAAAGAAGAUGAUGUUGUGAGCAUCUUGGAGAAAUACUUUGUCUCAAUAAAAGCUGAUCGUGUCACUUAUAGAUCAACAUGACUAUGAAUGUUAUGAUUCCACGUAGAGGUUAUAAGGUUACUUAAGUGUUAUUUUUCACCUUUAAAAUGAUGUAAAUGAGUGUGUUUAUGUACAGUAUAUAAAUGUGAAUAAAUCAGCCAUGUGCUUCACAGAAUGAA